AUGGCACCACAGGAAAGCACCAAGCUGCUAGCCGUCAAGGCAACAGUUGAAUUUCCUAAAAUGUUGUCUUCUAGCUCUCUCCCAGUAUCUGCAAACAAAGGUGGGAACAUUUCUAGUACUAACAUCGAGGAAGCUUCAAAACCUGCUGAAGACAUGAGGAUGUUCAUGUCUAGGAAAACUGUGGUUGCAUUUCCGCAGCGAGUAGUUGUUUCUUCCCUUGAGGAGGAAAAUCUCACUACACCUGCAACAGAAGGAGGCUUGAAGAGAGAGUUAGUCGAGGAAGAAACUUCAUCCAGCUCAGAUUCAGAUUCUAGCUCAGAUUCUGAGGAAGAAAUUGAUGAUGAUGAGUCAGAAGUUGCCAUUAAAACCAAAGUUGAGUUUCCUAGACGAGAUUCCAUAUUUUCUGGUAACACAGCGAUAAAGGCAUCAAUGCUCGCAAAAGAGAACUUGUCCCCAAAAUCCCAGAAAGAGUAUGUAGCCAAGAAGAAGCCAUAUAAACCAGAAACUGAUGUGUCUCCCAUCAAGCAAGUUGCAUUUUCUAAAACGUCAGUCAGCCAUAAAACAUCAAAAUCCAAAGCAAGAGACCCCAAAGUAGAAUCAGCUCCAAAAGAAACAGAUCGUCAGAAGCUGGUCUUAGAGCCGCAUGUGGUUGAAAGCCAAGACCUGAGUGAAGUCACUCAUAAAUCUGAUUAUUUGGAGGAAAAGUCCAUUGGAACCCAAGUAGCAGCUAUUCAGCUGAAAGCUUCAUCAGUGACUCAGGAAGACAAAAAGCAAAAACUGAUAGCCAGAAGAGAUGAAAAAAAGGUGAAGGAGGCACAGGAGUCAGAAGCAGAAGAAGUGACUGCUGCUAAAGUGGAAGAGGAGACUUCUGAAAGCACGAUGUCGGUGACUGGCACUACAGCAAAGGAGGAGACCAUUCAGGAAGCAGGAGUCCAGGCUGGAGAAGGAAGCACAAUAGAGGAGACCACAGCAGCUGCUGAGCCUGCACCAGAAGAAUUCGAUAAUUCUACCUACAAGAACCUUCAGCAUCAUGAAUAUAACAUAUAUACAUUUGUUGAUUCUGUUGUGGUUCUCUCAAAAUUCAGGCAACCUCAGCCAUCUUCUGGAAGACCAUCACCAAGGCACUGA